AUGCCAAGACAUUGCGCGCGUCUCCACCCGGCCGCUGCCAUCUUCGACUUCCUGCUUGUCUCUGUGUCUAGUCGUCGCGCCCACGUCGCAUACAGAGAGGCCAGCACCACACAGUACCUCUUGACCAUGGCACCACGCCCCUCCAUCACCGGCUUUGACCCCAAGAAGUUCGCCGCGGCCUCCGGAAGAGGCACCCAGGGCGACCCAUGGGCACGAUAUGAGCAAUGGCGGUACACUGGCCCUUUCACCCGCUUCAACCGCUUCAAGGGUUCCUUCCCAGGCCUUGGCAUAGCCACCGUCGCAUUCGCUGGAUACCUCGUUGCUGAGCAGCUCCUGUGGAAGGAUGACCACCACGCACAUCACGACGAGGGAGCGCAUUAA